AUGGACUGGUUCGGACGGGCCAAGAUAGACUUCACCACCUCCCCGACGCCCAUAGCGCUGCGGGAGAAAGACGGCACGGCAACCGACCUGUUGCAGAUAUGCCAGGCCACCGUCCCGCCCUGCCAGCUGAACCCGCUGCUCUUCAAUGGGCACGCGCAAACGUGCUGGACGGCCACCAAGUCGCACGGCCCGCCCAUCCACUACCGCCGCCGCAUCUUCAAGGCCGACAACGCCGAGUUCAACGGCAGCUUUGCUGUCGACUUUGCCGUGGUGGACAAGGAGCCGGGGUCCGAAGUAGAGGUGGACGAGUCCCUGCCGCCGCGCACCACCUACUUUACCGAAGCCGAGCUCUUCAAGAUGGGAUCUGAGGACACGCGCCCUAUGCUGGUCAUCCUGCAUGGUUUGUCCGGUGGCUCGCACGAGGUCUAUCUUCGCCAUGCCAUUGCGCCGCUGGUCGAUGGCGGCGAGUGGGAGGCAUGCGUUAUCAACUCGAGGGGUUGUGCCAAGAGUAAAAUCACCACAGGUCUGCUGUAUAAUGCCCGUGCAACGUGGGACACGAGACAGGUGGUCAAAUGGCUGCGGAAGACGUAUCCCAAUCGUCCGCUCUUCGGACUCGGCUUCUCUCUAGGUGCUUGCAUCCUCUCCAAUUACCUCGGCGAGGAGGGCGAAGACUGCCAACUAAAAGCAGCCGUCGUAUGCGCCAACCCCUGGAAUCUAGAGGUCGGCAACAAGGUACUGAAAAGCACCUUCAUCGGGCACGAGAUAUACCUGCGGUCCCUAGGCGACUCCCUCCGCGUCCUGGCCUUCAACCACAAGUCCGAGAUCGAGAAGUACACCAACGUGGACAUGGAAAACUUGUCCUCCGUCAAGUACCUCUACGAGUUCGAUCGCGCCUAUCAGUGUCCGACCUGGGGAUACCCCACCGAGGACGCCUACUACCGCGACGCAUCGAGUGUGGACUCCCUGCUUGCUAUCCGUAUCCCCCUGUUGGCGCUCAACGCUAUGGACGACCCUAUUGCCACCCACCUCGGCCUGCCCUUCCCCGAGGCGCGCCAGAACCCGUACACUGUCCUCUGCACCACGUCCCUGGGCGGCCAUCUCGGCUGGUUCGAGAUCGGCGGCGGGCGGUGGCAUGCAAAGCCCGUCUGCAACUUCCUCAACCACAUGGCCUUCAAGGUCGAUCUCGAUAGCAUAAACCCCAGAGCAAUCGGCAAGCCGACCUUCGGCACCUCUGAGUCGGCAGGCAAUUUCGACCCCAUCCGCCGCAAGAUGCACGUCAAUCUGAACAAGUAA